AUGCAUCCCAGCUCCACUUCCACCUCGACGCCCUUUUCUGUCAAGGACAUUUUGAAGCUGCAGCACCACCAUGACUUUGGGAAUGAAUUUCUGACGGCUGACCAAGUUGUGCCGAUGAACCAUCAGCACGUGCACGCUGCGUCCCGGAGCACGGACUUCUACGGCUGCCGGCCGGAGCCGCGCGUCUCCGGGACGAAGGAGAGGCUGCACGCAGAGAAUACUCACAGCUCGGCAGCCGCAGAGGAGAUAAAUGAGCAGGGUGAGAUGAUCCACUCUGCACAGCAUGGCCACAGUAGCUCCUUCUUAUACACUGAUGGCUGUUUACGUGGGGUUAGGCCGCCCGACGGCACGGAGCCUUGGGCGCCUGAUGCGAGCGGUCUUGACAGUUCACCUGACUGCGACAACAACGCACGAAGCAGAGCCAGGCUGCGCAGGAAGCCCCGGGUCCUCUUCUCCCAGUCCCAGGUGUCCGAGCUGGAGCGGCGCUUCGGGCAGCAGCGCUACCUCUCCGCCCCGGAGAGAGAGCACCUGGCCCGCAUCCUCAAGCUCACCUCCACCCAGGUCAAAAUCUGGUUUCAGAACCGGAGGUACAAAUGUAAGCGUCAACGGCAGGACAAGUCUCUGGAGCUGGCGGGCUACCCGCCCGCACCGAGGAGGGUGGCGGUGCCGGUGCUGGUGCGGGACGGACAGCUCUGCGGCGCAGGUUCGCAGUCGCAACCUUUCGACGUUGCCCUUGGACAUUACUAUAACCCCGUGUUUGGAUACGGACGCAGCGGCGUGUGCGGCUGCAGUUUUCACAGCGUGUCUCCUUCGGCCAAUGCGGGCGCCGCGCAGAUGUCUAACAGUCAGCUGGUCGAUUUAACAGGCGGCGGCGAGGGGCCCUUCUGCCACGGACACUGUCAGGCUUCAUUCCAGGGCGUAAGAGGCUGGUGA